GGGCUGGCGAAGUUUGCGCUGCGGCGGGGGAGCGCGGGUGCGGGCCCCGCCGGCCGCGCGCGCCCGCUGCCAUGGCUUUCCGCAGGAGGACGAAAAGUUACCCGCUCUUCAGCCAGGAGUUCGUCAUCCACAACCACGCGGACAUCGGCUUCUGCCUGGUGCUGUGCGUCCUCAUCGGGCUGAUGUUCGAGGUCACAGCCAAGACUGCCUUCCUAUUUAUUUUACCUCAGUAUAAUGUUAGUGUGCCUGCAGCAGACAGUGAGACGGUGCAGUACCACUACGGCCCGAAGGACCUGGUCACCGUCCUGUUCUACAUCUUCAUUGCCAUCAUCCUGCACGCUGUGGUUCAGGAGUACAUCUUAGAUAAAAUCAGCAGACGGCUCCAUCUCUCCAAGGUCAAGCACGGCAAGUUCAACGAGUCCGGACAGCUGCUUGUCUUUCAUGUCAGCUCGGCGCUGUGGUGCUUCUACGUGGCGCUGACGGAAGGAUACCUGACCAACCCGAGAAGCCUCUGGGAGGACUACCCGCACGUGCACCUCUCCUUCCAGGUGAAGUUCUUCUACCUUUGCCAGAUGGCCUACUGGCUGCACGCACUGCCAGAGCUCUACUUCCAGAAGGUGCGCAAGGAGGAAAUUCCCCGGCAGCUCCAGUCCAUCUGUCUGUACCUGGUCCACAUAGCUGGAGCGUACCUCUUGAACCUGAGCCGCCUGGGCCUGCUGCUGCUGCUCCUGCAGUACUCCACCGAGUUCCUCUUCCACAUGGCUCGACUCUUCUACUUCGCAGAUGAGAACAACGAGAAGCUGUUCAGCGCCUGGGCCGCUGUGUUCGGCAUCACGCGCCUCGGCAUCCUCACCCUCGCCGUGCUGGCCAUCGGCUUCGGACUGGCUCGUGUGGAAAACCAGGCAUUUGACCCUGAGAAGGGGAACUUCAACACCUUGCUCUGCAGGCUGUGUGUGCUGCUGGUGGUGUGUGCUGCCCAGGCCUGGCUCAUGUGGCGAUUCAUCCACUCCCAGCUGCGGCACUGGCGGGAGCACUGGAACGAGCAGAAUGCCAAGCGGAGAGUUCCAGCGGCUUCCAGGCUGCCAGCCAGGCUGCUCAAGAGGGAAUCUGGUUACCAUGAAAAUGGAGUCGUGAAGGCAGAGAACGGAACCUCCCCACGGACUAAGAAACUCAAGUCUCCCUAAGGCCAAAGUGCUGCGACCAGGAAUCCUCUGGGUGUGGGUCUCGGGAGGAGGGGCGGCCACUGCCCCCGCCCCACCCGCCCCACCUCCACCGGCAGAACCUCCUGUCUUCAGACGGGGCUUCUCUCUCACUCCUCGGCUUUCUCUUCUUUUUCUUCUUCUAUAAACCGUUCUCAAUAAAGCCAAAAAUCUCCCUCUCUUGCUCAGUCGGGCCACCUCUGCCUUGCCUCUGUCCUGUGUGGGUUUUCUCCUUGCAGCCUGGAUUUCCCAUGGAAUCUUUCUCUGUCCUCUUCUUCCGCUUCCUCCACGGCUGCUGCUUUUCCUCCUCAUUCGCACGCGCAGUUUUUCUCUGUGUGAUUCUUACGAUGGACGGGCGCCGAGACCGCGGUCCUGGCCGUCGAUCGCGGGUCUGUCGCUCUGCAGCCCGCACCGAGGCACCGCGGCACACCGCGCCUCACCUCGGCCGGGCACCUCGGCCAGGCACGUCCUCCUCUUGCGGACGGCAGGAGCAGCAGAGGCCGGCCCUCUUGGAUCAUCGUCUUCUUGGUGCUGAUAGACUGAUGAGAUGCAUGAUUCCGGUUCUCUGCCUGGCGCCCCGAGGCACAGCCUCCACCCUCGGGCAUGCCUGGACACGGCAGCUUGGCCGAGAAAGGACAGUGUUAACCCCGCUGGUCCCGCGGCUCCCCACAGCUCACAGAGCAGCGCCCCGAAACCAGCCUCCCGCGCUCAGAGGACACGUCUUCCCACGUCUAGAGCAAGAGCAACGUGUUGAGCAGUAGGCUGGUCCAGAAAGAUGAUGCGCUGGGGGUGCUGUGGGAGCCAGGCUGGGCUUGUCCUCAGCCAUGCCAGUUGCUCCUGCAUCAGCCGCUCGCCAGAGCCCACCAGAGCCGGCGCCAGCCGCUCACCAGAGCUCACCAGAGCCCGCGCCCCCGCCAGCCGCUCGCCAGAGCCCGCGCCCCCGCCAGCCGCUCGCCAGAGCCCGCGCCCCCGCCAGCCGCUCGCCAGAGCCCGCGCCCACCCUCCACUCGCUGUUUUCAAGUCCACCCAGCCAGCCCUGCCCACGGCCAGCUUGCUACCUUGUCUUCAUCUCUCGAUGCUGCAGAAACAUGAAGCCUCACGGGAUCAGCCCCUCGCCUGUCCCCAAGCAUCCCAGGGAGGGUCCCCUGCACCUCCCCUUGGACCUCGCUCUUCAGGUGUUCUUUACACAUCUCCGUCUGACAGCAGGUGACUCUGUGUCUCUCCUGCUUGGAAGAGCAGACGUGGGGUGUCCAUGCGAGUCCGGAGGCCCCUCCCCCAGUGUGCCUUCCUCUCCCCUCCACCUGGAGGCAUGAUGCCAGGCCCUUGUGCAGCCGGUGAGGGCUUCCGGAAGAGGGGAGGGCGCGGAAGAACUCGCUGUGCUGAGGCGAAAGCAGCCGUUCUGGUGGCGCAGGCGUGUUCAUGUCGCUGGCACCUUGUUCUGUUUCUGACGUCCUAGUAGUGCCCAGACCUUGGGCCUUGACCCACGAGAGAGCAAUGCUCUUUUCUCCAGGGCAGUUUCCCCCAAGCGGGGGCGUGUCUUCACACACCACUGUAGAAUCUCUGCUUUAUUAGGAGAAAGCAUGAAGAGAGGGAAGUGGACUGCAGGCUGAGCAUGUGUGUUUCCCUCCCUCCCUCGCUUCCCUCCCCCUCCCUCUCCUUACCCCGGGAGGACGCAGCAGAGCUGACCUGGAACCUCCCCUCCCCCCCGUAGCUGUUUCACCCUGAUAGAGGCUGAAUCGUGCCCGCUCCUUGCCCUGCCCAGGGCUCGUGGAGGGCUCGUGCCCACCAGCCACCUUGGUCCCACGCCCCCCUUCCUCCCCAGGUAACCUGGGUUUCCCCCUGGGGUCUUGCGUGCCAGCUCCGCGCAGGGGGCCUCUCCCCUGGGGUCUCGCGGGGCUGGUGUCUGGGAUCCCGUGGCGUGGUCCCUGUGUAGGUGUGUCUUGCUCUGUCCCCGGUCCCUUGGUGCCCUCCGGAUGUGGCCGCGUGUUCGUUGAGUCUCCCGUUGGCUUUCCACUGCCGACGGCUGGUUCUGGCUUGGAUGGGUGUCGGGGACCCGCUGGCGGGUCAGCUCAGAAGGAGCUGUUUGUCCUGUGCUGGGAGUUAGUAAGAUCUUGUUAAAAGAAAAAAGCCCAAGACCAGGAGUAAGGCUGGAGUCUCCACAGCCCGGGGCCACCCCGCCGCACCUGCGUGGCAUCUCGUAGCCGAGCUGGGCCUGAAGGUGGGCAGCAGCUGCUUCUAGGGACCCUUGGAGCAUGGCGGGUGGCCUCGUGCAAGCCCCGGCGCUUUAACCCUUCAUUGUCGUGCAGUCUCCCAUCUCCACACAGUGCCAAGCCCCGUGCCAGGACCAGCCGCUCGCUCUCGAGUGUGAGAACCUGGCUGGCUUGGCACCAUGGGCCCAGAGCAGACGACACUAAUCUACCUCAGCAGCCCCUGCGCCUCCCUGCCCCCGGUGGUGCACCUGGGUGCGAUGCCAGCGGGGGUGGUGGCGGGAGGAGGCCCCGUUCAUGGGUGGAGGGGGUCUCUGCUGCCUGUGCUCCAGAGAGUGAGUGAGGGGAAGGUUUUUACCCUCCAGGCUCUGAUAGCUGUGCUGUAAAUAAGCUAAGGAAGGGGCGGUUCUGGGGGAGUGGGGAGGGGCCGCUGUCUUCCGCUCUAGUCGGUCCUAGCCCAGCACGUGUUCCUGGCCACCAGUCCGAAGUGGUUGCUGAGAACCUGGCCUCCUCCUGUUCCCGGCAGAAUUUGCACAGCUGGAAGCCAAAUGAUACCUGUGCUCACUCUGGCCACUGUCCCACGGAUCUCCCGACGUCCUGGGACACUGGGCCGGGCACCCGGCGUAGGGGUGUGCGGGGUGCGCUUCUGGCUUCCUUUGGGCUCUUCAUUCUCAGUCCCCCUGGGCCUUUCCAAGUGGCAGAUGAGAAAAUGGCGGAGGCCAAGUGCCUGGCCUCCAGAAAGUGCAGAACGUAGCUCCAGACGGCAUAGGUGCUCCAGCUGCGCUGGUGGCUGGGCCUGGGUUUCUUGUUUCCGCCUAGGAGGGGAGUCGGGACCAGCUUCCUCCCCUUCCAAGGGUCUUGGUGUCCCAGGUGGCUGUGUCGUAUCUGCAGGAGGGCCGGGCCGGCCCUGCCCUGCUCCCCUCUCUGGGUCCCCUGGCCAGCGCUGCUGUGGACAGCAGCGUCGAGCCUGGCGGGCCCUGCACGGCGGGCGGGCGCCCUGUGCUCGGCGCUCCUGGUUCUUUUGGUGUCACAAGUGCCUUCCGUGGCCGCGGCCUUGCCUUGUGCUGUGUGGCAGGCUGCCAGCAGGCCCGGGCUGCCACCCUUCAGUGAAUAGGAAAGGGACACAGAUGGCCAACUCCACCUCGUGUCCUGACGCCCCUCCCAUGUGCGCACAGCCGGGGCGCAGCGGCUGCUCCCUUCCUUCUGUUUCUUGCCUGGCGGGGUGGUUAGGGAAGCCUGUGAGACGGCUCGCCCGCAGACACCUGUGCCUCAAGGGUACUAGUGCGCAUGCUCCCCGGCCUCUUCCGGCCUCCUCUCCCUUCCCCACCCUACUACAUCCUGGACUCCAUGCAGAAGGCACCCUGCGCUGACCUCUUCCCAUCCAUUCUGCCUCCUGUUCAACAAGCAGUGUGAACAAGGCGUGUGCUCUACUUCCCUAGUCCCUGUGUGAGCGAGUGGCCUGUGUGGCAGAGGGCCUGGGCCGUGGUGGACAGCCACGUCUCCCAAGCCAGGGUCACCUUGUGUGGGCAGUAGCUCCCCCCACCCCGGCCUUCCGGCCUGUGCAAUAACCCUCCGGCCAGUGGUCUUUCCCACGGGCCUGGCUGUCACCUGCGGUGCCCUGCAGUGGGGGAGGGGACGGGGGGGGGGAGUUGUCACCCUACACACAGGCCAGCCCCUUCCCUUGGUUGCUGCCAUUAUCCUGACCCUGGCUGGUUCUGUGGCCCUCUUGUAAAGCAUGUAGAAUCUUAGAAGUCUUAUGUUUUGUGUUUGUUAUUGUUUUAAAAUCGGUUGGAAAAGAAGAGAGCCAUCCACAGAUGGGAUGUCGGGUGGUGUCUAGGAGUGAGACUGGCCGUGAUGUCUGUGCGACACCAUCACUGAGAGCAUUCCAGAGUUCCUGGGAGAGGAGGAGGAGGAGGUUUUCCUGUCUCUCAACAGGACGGGCUGUGGGAGUGCCACCCCGGGCUGGUCACACCAGUGCAGUGCUGGAACUAAACCUCUCUGUUCAGAUCCUCUGUUUAAACUGGGUGGAGGCUGCCGGUGCCCUGAGCAACUCAUAAUGCAAAUGUACACAAAUUGUUUUCUUCUUUAGCCUGUUCUUGUUAUGGACCAAAUUUUAACAAGGAACUCAAGGAAAAUUUGUACCUGCCGUAUUUAUGCUUUCGUGUAAAAGGGUUGGGGGGAGGGGUGUCUUUUUACUUUCUGUGAACUUUUUUCAAAGUCCUUUUCCCACUUUCUGUCUGGUUUUAAAAACAAAUUACAGUUUUGUAUGGAUUUUUUAAAAUGUACAUUUUGAAAAAAAUGAUCAAAUAUUUUCUCAAAUACCUGAAUAAAAGGCAUAGAAUUAUCCGUC